AAUCCUUAAUAAAUAGUUCACACAAAACGUAGGUGUGUUUUUUCUAUGACUAAUAUAAUAUUUUCCGCUGAUGCACGUAAGUACACUUUUGCAUCAAAAUGAUUCAAAAUAUAAUAGGAUUGAAAAUAAAUUAGCACUCUUAAAUCUAUUUAUGGGAAUACCCAGUGUAGGGAAAUGACAUCUAGUAGUCUCAGACUGUUUACAUGAGCCACGGUGUCAAUUAGCAUGUUUGGACGACGUUUAAUAUAUAGACGCCGAACAAUUUUCAAGUCAGUCGUAAAAGGGCAGCAAUAAAAUGGAGAACUAUAAUUACCUAUUUACUAUCUUCGUGGUAUCCCUAAUAGGAAUACAGGAAAUUUAUGGCACAAAGGUUGAACAAACAGUGCAAACCUUGGACGAAAAAUCGAAUCCAUUAGCGAAUCUAAUACUAAACGAAAAUGGAAUUGGAGAUGUCAGCGGCAAGGGAGACCAGACAAAGGGCACUUCAUCGAGAGUGAAACGACAAUUCUAUUAUGAUCCAUAUUAUUAUUAUCGCAGACCAGUACCAGUCCCAGUGCCUAUUGUGGUUGGUGGUUUGGGAAUAGGCGGGUUUGGCUUCGGUAGAGGCUUUGGAGGAAGAGGCUUUGGGUUCGGCGGUCGCGGGUUUGGUGGGCGAGGGUUCGGCGGACGUGGCUUCGGCGGAAGAGGUUUCGGCGGAAGGGGUUUCGGCGGAAGAGGCUUCGGAGGAAGAGGUUUUGGUGGCAGAGGAUUCGGCGGUUUUGGUGGAAGGAGAGGGUAAAUAAAGCUCACAGAUGAAUUUGAAUUUUCGUUUGAAUUUUAAAGACUGCACUGACACCAAGAAGUUUAUUUUAAGCAGAAAGAAGAAGGAAUAAUAGUAGAAUAAUAUUGUACUGAUAGAUUAGUUAUGUAAUAUUUGUGAUUGAUUUUGUACAUUUAAUUUAAAUAAAACAUUAUUUGAAUAUUGA